UUAAUGUCUAGGUAUAAAAACCCUAUAUUUGUCAUUUCUCCUCCACUCUCUGCAUUAGGUUUCAUUUUAGCGGCAGACGAGAGCAAAAGCAAGGAGAAACCCUAACCAUGGCGACUCAAGCAGCUGCUGAAUCUGUCCAAUGUUUCGGAAGGAAGAAGACCGCAGUGGCCGUUACUCACUGCAAGCGUGGAUCUGGUUUGAUCAAGCUCAACGGUAGCCCAAUCGAGCUUUUCCAGCCUGAGAUCCUCCGAUUCAAGAUCUUCGAGCCGGUUCUUCUCCUAGGAAAGCACCGUUUCGCAGGUGUCGACAUGAGGAUUCGUGUCAAAGGUGGUGGUCAUACUUCUCAGGUUUACGCCAUCCGGCAGAGUAUCGCGAAGGCUCUUGUUGCGUUCUACCAGAAGUAUGUGGAUGAGCAAUCGAAGAAGGAGAUUAAGGAUGUCUUGGUGAGGUAUGAUAGGACUCUGCUUGUGGCGGAUCCGAGAAGGUGUGAGCCGAAGAAGUUUGGUGGUCCUGGUGCUCGUGCUCGUUUCCAGAAGAGUUACCGUUAAGAAAGCUGGUUUGUUUUGUUUUUCAAUUUGGAAUCAUCUUAAGUUUUUUUUGGAGUAUGGACUUGUGAGACUCUUAGAAUUUAUAAUUUCAGUUUUAUUAUGCUUUUUGGAUAAUGGUGAUUCUCCAAGAACUUAUGCAUUGUCAUGUUUACCCGUUUGCUAUUUUAAAAGUCUUUUUAAUUAUA